AUGGCGGCGCUGCUCGAGUGCGUGUCGCCCUUGUUGCUCGCCGUCGUCUUCAUAGCGCGUCCGGUGGUGCCGGCGUUCCAGCCGCCUGGCGUUGCCGCGAAGACGGCUGCCACUAAUGCCGGCGACGUCGCCGGCUGCGGCUCCGACCGCCUCGCGCUCAUGGCGUUCAAGACGCUCGUGACGGGCGACCCGUCACGGGCCCUGGCGUCAUGGGGCGACGACGGACCAGGCUCAGCCCCGACAUGCCAGUGGCGCGGCGUGGCGUGCGGCGUGGCGGGGCGCCGCCGCGGCCGCGUCGUCGCGCUGGACCUCGCCGGGGCCGGCCUCCGUGGCGAGGUGAGCCCGGAGCUGGGCAACCUCACCUACCUGAGGCGGCUCCACCUCCCCGAGAACAGCCUCCACGGCGAGCUCCCAUGGCAGCUCGGCCGCCUCCGCGAGCUCAGGCACCUGAACCUCAGCCGCAACUCCAUCGGCGGCCGGAUCCCACUGCCGCUCUCCGGCUGCCGGCGGCUCAAGAACGUCCUGCUCCACGGCAACAGGCUGCAGGGCCACCUCCCCGGCGGGCUCUGCUCGCUGCGUCGUCUCGAGGUACUCGAUCUUGGCCACAACACACUGACAGGCAGCAUCCCUUCCGGCAUUGGAAACCUUGUCAGUCUGAAGCUGCUUGUUCUUGAGUUCAACAACCUGACAGGAGAGAUCCCUUCUCAGAUAGGCAGGCUCGCCAGCCUCACCGGAUUAAGCCUCAGCUCCAAUCAGCUGUCAGGCUCCAUCCCUGCAUCACUGGGGAAUCUCUCGGCAUUGACCGCCAUUAGCGCCUCCUCGAACAACAUGACAGGGAGCAUUCCGCCAUUGGAGAGGCUGCCAUCACUCAGUUACCUUGGUCUGGGAAGCAACAAGCUUGGAGGACCCAUUCCUUCCUGGUUAGGGAACCUCUCAUCACUGACAGCUUUGGAUCUUCAGAGCAAUGGCUUUGUGGGAUGCAUCCCGGAGUCUUUAGGAGAUCUUCAGUUUCUUGAGGCCAUUUCACUGGCAGAUAAUAAACUUCGGUGUCCGAUUCCUGAUUCCUUUGGAAAACUCCAUGCCCUCACUGAACUCUAUCUAGAUCACAAUGAACUGGAAGGUUCUUUGCCACUUUCAAUGUUUAAUCUCUCCUCCCUUGAGAUGCUAAACAUACAAGAUAACAACCUCACUGGGGCUUUUCCACCUGACAUGGGCGACAAGCUUCCAAACCUACAGCAGUUUCUUGUAUCUGAGAAUCGAUUUCAUGGUUUAAUCCCUCCAUCAUUGUGCAAUCUAUCCAUGAUACAGAUGAUUCAAACAGUAGAUAACUUUUUGUCUGGAACGAUUCCACAGUGCUUGGGAGUAAACCAGAACAUGCUGUCAGUAGUGAACUUUGUGGGGAAUCAGCUUGAAGCACUCAAUGAUGCUCAUUGGGGCUUCCUGACCAGCCUAACCAAUUGUAGCAAUAUGAUAUUAAUAGAUGUUAGUAUCAACAAACUCCAAGGUGUGCUACCAAAAGCAAUUGGUAAUAUGUCGACACAGAUGGAGUAUUUUGGCAUAGCAAACAACAAAAUAACAGGAACAAUACCUGAAUCGAUAGGGAACCUCAUCAACUUGGAUGAACUUGACAUGGAAAAUAAUCUUCUCAAGGGGACCAUUCCUGCAUCAAUCGGCAAACUCAAGAAAUUGAAUAGAUUAUCUUUGUCAAAUAACAUUUUUUCAGGAUCCAUCCCAGUAACUCUUGCCAACCUUAAGAAACUUACAAUACUUUUGCUUAGUACCAAUGCACUCAGUGGAACCAUACCUUCUACUCUCAGUAAUUGUCCUUUAGAAAUGUUGGACCUUUCAUACAACAACUUUUCUGGCUUGAUACCUAAGGAGCUUUUUCUUAUCUCAACAAUAUCAAGUUUCAUGUAUCUUGCACAUAAUAAACUAACUGGGAAUUUGCCUUCAGAUAUUGGAAAUCUCAAGAAUCUUGGUGAACUUGACCUCUCUGAUAAUAUGAUUUUAGGAAAGAUCCCUACCUCCAUUGGAGAAUGCCAAAGUUUACAGUACCUCAAUUUAUCUGGGAACUUCCUUGAGGGCACAAUUCCUCCAUCACUAGAACAGUUAAGGGGUCUCCUAGUACUUGAUCUUUCUAAGAAUAAUUUGUCUGGAGCAAUCCCUGGGUUCCUCGGUAGCAUGACAGGUCUUUCUACCCUGAAUCUUUCAAGCAAUGAUUUUGAAGGUGAAGUUCCAAAAGAUGGAAUAUUUCUUAAUGCAACUGCAACCUCUGUCAUGGGAAACAAGGACUUGUGUGGUGGGGUGCCUCAACUCAAAUUGCCAAUAUGCUCAAACCAAACCAAACACGGCCUAUCUUCAAAGGUCAUCAUGGUUAUCAUGGCAGGCAGUAUACUUUUGUUUGUCCUACUAUUUGCAUGCUUUGCGCUACAUCAAAGGGCUAAGCUUAGAAAAGCAAACUCAAAGAUAGCACUCUCUGAUGAGCAACACUUGAGAGUUUCUUAUGUUCAGUUGGCCAAAGCAACAAAUAGUUUUUCAUCUGAGAAUCUAAUUGGAGUGGGCAGCUUUGGUGCAGUGUACAAAGGAAGAAUUGGGAUCUCUGACCAACAAAUGCUCGUUGCAGUGAAGGUGCUCAACCUGCAACAAGCUGGUGCAUAUCGAAGUUUUGAUGCAGAAUGUGAAACUUUGAGACAUAUUCGCCAUCGAAACCUUGUAAAGAUUAUAACAGUGUGCUCAGGUAUUGAUUUCCAAGGUCGUGACUUUAAGGCUCUUGUAUUUGAGUUAUUGCCAAAUGGAAAUUUAGACCAGUGGCUACACAAGCAUCUUGAGGAAGAAGGCGAACCCAAGGUGCUAAAUCUCAUUGAAAGACUCCAAAUUGCCAUAGAUGUGGCUUCUUCAUUAGAAUACUUACAUCAGCAGAAGCCAUCUCCGAUUGUUCACUGUGAUCUCAAGCCAAGCAAUAUUCUUCUUGACAAUGAUAUGGUUGCUCAUGUUGGUGAUUUUGGGCUUGCAAGGUUCCUUCAUCAAGAACACAGCAGUAGUUUAGAGAAUUCAACUGGAUGGAAUGCAAUAAGAGGAACAAUUGGCUAUGUUGCCCCAGGUGUGCAUAAUUCUACUAGUACAAUCUUAAGUGAUGCAUUUCUUUCUUCAUUUUAUUCUGCCUAUAGAAGCUUAUUAAGUACUUUACGUUUUUUUAUUUCAGAGUAUGGAUUGGGCAAUGAAGUUUCAAUUCAUGGAGAUGUCUACAGUUAUGGUAUACUUUUGCUGGAGAUGCUCACUGGAAAAAGGCCAACAAACAGUGAGUUUGGCGAAGUUCUUACUCUUCAUGAGUAUGUAGAAAGAGCCCUACCAGACCAAACGACUAGUAUCAUUGACCAAGGCCUACUAAAUGCAACAUGGAAUAGCGAAGGAACAGCUCAAAAGUAUCACAACAUCGAAGAGAUAAGAAUUGAGUGCAUUGUUUCAAUUCUGAAUGUCGGAAUAUUAUGCUCAAAAGAGAUGCCAACUGAUCGCAUGCAAAUUGGAGAUGCAUUGAGAGAGCUACAUGCAAUUAGAGAUAGAUUUCACAAACAUCAACUAUAAUAGCUAGCAUAUACGAUAUAUUUUGUUGAAGUGGCGACAAAUCCAUGCACUUACUAGUCAAAUCUUCAAGAAGACAGCUGGAGGCUGAAGAAAUUCUACUGAAGAAUUUUAGGAGUUGGUAGUUAAAAAUAGAUAUGGAGUAUGAAGGCAAAGCAAAGCAUUUGCACUUAGAAAAAAGAAUUAAAUUAAUUAAAAUCAACUAGAGCAUAUUUUUGAUAAUAUGGAGCUGAGUCAUGACAGCUUGACAACAGAAUAAUAUUUGCAACUGUAAUUCAGUACCAGUACUGCAUGAUCAUGCAAAGAUAUUGUUAAGUACUCUGUAAUAUCUAAGUACUAAAUAAGCUCCUAUAGCAUUUUUGACGCAGGGUGCCCAGUUAGCUACUGAUUUUCACCCUUUAUACGUAUAACUCCUAACAGCGAAACUCAUAAGUUUGUCAAGAUGAUACUGUCUGUCCAUUUGGCUAAUAUCAUUGAUCAA